AUGUCCUCGCCGGGGGACCCGUGUCCCGCGGCUGGAGAGCAGCCGGGAGCUGGGCUGCCCGUGCAGGCGGCGGGAGGCGCGCUGCUGCUUGGCGGGCUGGCGGUCCUGCUGGGCUGGGUCUGGCUGCGGUGGCAGCGCGCAUGCGGCAUCCCCCCGGGGCCGGCGCCCCGGCCGCUCGUGGGUAACCUGGGGCACUUGCUGGUGCCGCGCUUCCUGCGGCUGCAGUUCUGGCUGGACUCCGGCAGCCAGGCGGCCACGGUGGGCCGGCACGUGCACCUGGCCAGGCUGGCCGCUGUCUACGGCAACGUCUUCAGCUUCUUCAUCGGCCACCGGCUGGUAGUGGUCCUCAGCGACUUCCACAGCGUCCGCGAGGCGCUGGUGCAGCAAGCCGAAGUGUUCAGUGACCGCCCAAGGUUGCCGCUCAUCUCUAUCUUGACCAAGGAGAAGGGAAUUGUGUUUGCACACUAUGGUCCAAUAUGGAAACAGCAGAGGAAAUUCUCCCACUCGACACUUCGUCAUUUCGGUUUGGGAAAGCUCAGCCUGGAGCCCAAGAUUAUUGAGGAGUUCAAGUAUGUGAAAGAAGAAAUGCAGAAGCAUGGGGACGCCCCCUUCAGCCCCUUCCCGGUCAUCAGCAAUGCCGUCUCCAACAUCAUCUGCUCCCUGUGCUUCGGCCAACGCUUCGAUUACACCAACAGGGAAUUUAAGAAGGUGCUGGAUUUCAUGGCUCGGGGCUUAGAAAUCUGCCUACACGGCCAUCUCUUCCUGAUCAACGUAUGCCCCUGGUUUUACUACCUUCCCUUUGGGCCAUUUAAGGAACUGCGGCAGAUUGAAAGGGACAUAACCCGCUUCCUUAAAAACAUCGUUAAAGAGCAUCAGGAGUCUCUGGAUGCCAGCAACCCCCAGGACUUCAUUGACAUGUACCUUCUGCACUCGGAGGAGGAGAGGAAGGCCAGCAAUAGCAGCACCAGUUUCGAUGAGGAUUACCUCUUCUACAUCAUUGGGGACCUCUUCGUCGCUGGCACUGACACCACAACCAACUCCUUGCUUUGGUGCCUGCUGUACAUGUCCGUGAACCCCGAUGUGCAAAAGAAGGUUCAUGAAGAAAUUGAAAGGGUCAUUGGUUGUGACCGAGUACCUUCCCUCACAGACAAGGCCCACAUGCCAUACACAGAAGCCACCAUCAUGGAGGUGCAGAGGCUAUCCAUGGUGGUACCACUCGCCAUUCCUCAUAUGACCUCGGAGAAAACAGGGUCACCAACUUUAACCUAUCACCUGCAGAGAAGUACACCCACGUGGUGGGGUCCAGAAUGUCUUUACCACACCUGUAAUCCCAGCACUCGGGAGACCGAAGCAGGAGAAUUGUGGCUUCAGGGACAACUCAGAGAAACAAAGAAAGAGAAAAGAGAGGCUGAUGGAGAGGGCAAGGUUAAGGCUUCUAGAGACAGCCUAGAAUGCAAAUUAGAUCCUCCAGGGAAGAGCCAAGCACCUGUGAGAUACUGGCUAGCCUGUCAGCUGGUAGUAGUGGGAGUCCUCCAAGGAUACACUAUUCCUAAAGGCACGAUUGUCCUACCCAACCUGUGGGCAAUACACAGAGACCCAGCCAUCUGGGAGAAGCCAGAUGACUUCUGUCCUAACCGAUUCCUGGAUGAGCAGGGACGGCUUUUGAAAAGGGAAACGUUUAUUCCUUUCGGGAUCGGGAAGCGGGUGUGUAUGGGAGAGCAGCUGGCAAAGAUGGAGCUCUUCCUGAUGUUCGUGAGCUUGAUGCAGAGCUUCACCUUUGCUCUACCCGAGGGAUCCGAGAAGCCCAUCAUGACUGGAAGAUUUGGUCUAACAUUAGCCCCACACCCAUUUAAUGUAACCGUCUCAAAGAGAUGAAGACACCACUGAGAAGAGAGGGGGGCACAGCAGCCAAAACCAUGUCCUACCUAGACAGUCUUCCUGCUACUCUGGAGCAUGGUCCCAGCAACUCAACACAGCCAGGAGAGGCUCCAGAGGAGAGACCAAGAGGGAGAGGGUGUCACACCACAGAGGCCUCCUUAGCAGGACUCCGCAGAGCUGGGGAUGCCCACGGGAAAGUAUGGAUGCUAGAUGUAGUUGUGUAGAUUCCAUUAGGAGGCAGACCUUCUCAUCUCUCAGCCUCUGUCAUCACAUCCUAAAGUGAGGGUAGCAAAAUUUCUCUCUCCUCACUUCUGAGGAGGACUGAACCUUUCCUGGCAUCUCUGCUGUGAGCAAAUGCUGGGCAAUUCAGGAGUAGGUCUGCCUUGAGAUCUUUCAAGGUCCCAGACAACAAGGAAGUGUGUUCAACAUGGACACUAUCUUUUUUUGUUUAGGGCUGUGUUCUUUACUUUUUCUUUUUCUUUUUUUUUUAUAGAACUGAGAUGAAUUGUCCCCCUGCCCAGUAUGUUGAGGAAAAAAAAAACAGCCUCUUGAGGUUAUUGUCCACAUAAGCACUGAGCCUGGCGCACAGCCCAGUUCCACCCUGUUUAACCAAGUACAGAGACCCCGCUCUGCCUGGAGUUGGGCCCUGGAUCCCGGGCUGGGGAAUUUGAUAAUGGAAUCAUAGAACUGGUCAAGAAGAGAUUUCUCAUUCAAAUGAUUCUGGACCCUCCUCUCGUGUUGCAUCACCAGCCAUAGUUUGACUGACUUGAAUACUCUCCAAAACAAGAAGCAGCCUGUAUUUCUUGACAGGAGGGCCCUCUAAUGGCUCCUUCAGGGGCCUCAUGGCAGUGUGGGAAUGUACUUACCAUAAUGGUUGACUGCUAUUGGCCUUCUGCUGCCAGGCUGAGGAUGAUGGGUAGCAAAGCCAUCUCUCACAGUCAACAGUGUACAUCUCAAUGUGCCUGUGUCUGGCUCCUUGCUCCUGUCCCCCAUCGUACUGGGAAGGGACCAUUGUGACGCUGAGCCUUUCUUAGGGAGGCUCUGUACUGAAUGCUUUGCUUGACUGUAUAUGUCAUCCUCACACUAAGGGAGCUGAGGCUUUGCAGUGCCAAGGCCCAUAAUUAAAAAGUGCCAUUACCGGGUCUUUAAGCUACGCUACUUUGUGACUGGAAAGCACUUUCUGAGCCUCUCUAAGUACUGCCUCCAUAUGGUCCUGAAGCCUCAGUUGCCUGUGUUCCUCUUCAUCCCAGUUGACUCCUCGGGUCAGGCUUCACACCGCUGCCUCCUCACCAUGCCUUAUUCUUGGUAGAUGCCCAGGCAACUUGGGAGUGAGUUAGGGAAGGUGAUUAAGGGGAAAAGCCUACGUGUUUAUUACCAUCAGUUCAGGAUAGUUUUAAAAUACAGUAUGAUUUUCCCUACCUGUUUAAGCCAGUGUUUAAAAAUGUGCUAGACUUUUGUUUAUCAUGUGAAGUAACCAUUUUAGGGAAAUUUAGAGUGGUGCCUUAACUGCCAAAAACAUAGCACAGAAAAGACCUAAUAUGAGAAAAAUAAAGAUCUAAUAUGAGGAAAAAGGAAAAUGCGAACUAUUGUAUAACCAAGUAUUGAUGAAUUUUUUGAUCCUACAUUCUCCAUAUUUAUCCACCAUGCUGCUUUCCCUUUCAUAAAUUAUAAGCACUUUCAAAGCAGACGAGUGAAAUACAGGCUAAUCUUUAGGUAUCCGAAGAUUGUUUCUGAGGCCUGCAUACUGAAUGUGUGGAGACUGAGGCAGUACUCCUUAUUCAGGUGGAGACUGAGGCAGUACUCCUUAUUCAGGUGGUGCCUGAAUGCAUCAUCCUGCUCCCGUAAGCAGCAUAGUUUAACUGGACUUGAAGUUCCUGUGAUUUUUUUAAGCCUUGGCAUUUGCAAGCUCCUUACUCUUUGACUCCCACCUCGGUUUCUGGACCCCCCUAACCAAAGAUUUCACAUCAUACUUGAAAAGGACUUCUGCCGGACAUGAGAUGAUGUCAGAAUCCCAAGUUUAUCCAGCAGUAUAAUACCGUGCCUCAAGCUACUGCACUUUGAAGACCCUUUAACACACCCUGAUACAAAGGGCCUGUGCUUUUCCCGAACCUCCUGCUAUUUUACCAUUUUGCACUUCAUCUGAAAUGUGAACAAUUUUCUAAGUCUAACGAGGUCUAGACCUCAUCUUUGAUGGAGCUGUUGGUACUCUUAUUAAACCUUUUAUUUAAAGAA